AUGUCUCAAUCUGCAGAUGUAUCUUUCAUUGGAGAGGAUGACUCCGAGUAUUUUCGGCGCUUAUUCGAUAGAACAUUCAACAAUCUGAACACAAGGUAUCUGCUACCAGCGGACGAGGAUGAGGUGAAAAGGUCUGAGCUGCACCAUCGGAUGAUGCAAUUUGUCUUUCAAGGUAAUAACUAUGUGGGCCCAGUGAAGGAGGCCUUGCAAUUUGGUCAGCAUAGAAGAGUCGCCUUCAACACAUACUCAGUUCUUGACCUUGGAACUGGUUCUGGUCUAUGGGCUAUAAACAUGGCGGAUGAAUUUCCGCGGGCUGAAGUCAUCGGAAUAGACCUAGCACCUCUACAACCUAGGAGUGUUCCUCCGAAUUGCACUUUCGAACUGUGCGACCUAGAAUCUGGAAUACCAUAUCCUGAUGGAUACUUUGACUUUAUACAUGCCCGUUCUAUACAUACUGGGAUACGUGAUUAUCCUCAGUUUCUACGUGAAAUUACUCGACUACUGCGUCCGGGAGGGCUUGUACUCCUUAUAGAGCCUGAUUUGAUUCCAAUAGUCGAUGGAAGACCCGUGGCUCGGGCUCCCGCCAAUCUUGCAGCCGGAGAGUGGUCUACCUUUUGGGAAACAUAUCGUGGCUGUCUGACGAGGCAGGAUAUUGAUGUUACGGUCCCCCAAAGACUGACGGAUAUGCUCACUGCAACGGGUGCGUUUGAAAACAUUGUGAAACGAGACGGCAAUAUCCCAGUCGGUUUCUGGCCUAAAGACCCACAUUUAUUAAGCGUCGGACAAUUACAGUGGCUGGAUUAUGAUCUUCUUCUUCCCGCACUCAGGCCUAUGUUUCUCUUCCAUGGGCUGACAGAGAACCAGGUUCGAUCCCUAAUCACGGGGGCGCAACGCGAUCUGUACCACCCUGUAGCUGAGUUAUCAACUCACAUCAAUAUCGUACAUGCCUCAAAGCACCUGUAG